AGCACCUGGUUUUUAUUUUCUUCUUUCCUCUUUCAGUUUCCUCUUGUCCGCUGCGGAACGAUCGCCAAGUAGAGACGACCAAAGGAGCAUGGAAGAGUAGUAAUAAAAACUGCUUGUUUGCGCACAACGUUUGUUUUCAAAUACUUUUGAAUUGAAAGAGCAUCGCGCAAAUUCGCAGUUGCCAGUACAGCAACAUUCUCCUACUAUUUAUUCUACUUGGCUGCCUCGGUCAACCUGUCUCCCCUGCUAUUUUGUUGUUACCUACUUCCGUCUGGACCCAGUCCGAACACGAAAAAGAAUUGGCUCAAGGUUGCGUCCCAUUCUCCUGAGCUCACACUCGGUAAAUGCAUAUCGGGUAGCCUGUUAGGUCAACACCUCGGUAUAAUGCACCGGAUCUAGAUUCAGCAACAUCAUGUCUUUUGUUGAAGAUCGAGUCCGUCUACUUGAUAGUCAAAUAGACCGGAUUUGCUUGUCACCUCUACUCACCCAAGAUGGGUUUCUGGAUGGUGAAAAUGGCGCAGACGACGAAUCCUACGAGAAGACAUUCAACGUAGAGGGUUUCUCGUCUGCUGAGAUUACAGAGAAAUUAUGGAUUGUAAAGGCAUUGUCCUCGUCCUCCUCUUCUCAAGCUCUACUAGGUUCCGAGAGGAUACAGAGUCUUUUGGUCCAGUCGGGACUGGUCGAUUCUUAUGGUCAACCUGACGCUUUAGACGCCAAAAGUGCUCAGCAGACGGAAAUUGAGUGGUUACUCAUCAGCAAGGCCACCCUUCAAGUAUACGGUCUCUUGUUCAACACAUUGCUGGACCAGAUAAUACCAUUGAGCAACGACAUUUGGUAUUGGGACUCUGUCUUGAGCUCAUAUACAUACAGCAGCCUAUUCACAGUCCAGACAGCACCCCUACGAUUCUGGGUCUGGGCCAAGGAGAUUGCCGUCGAUACUCAGGUUCGACUUCGCCGCCUUCAGGCUUCGCCCCUAGGGGUACUUGCCACCGAAGGACCUCAGGCUUCAUUGUCGCAGCGCUGGGCUAGAUUUUAUGGCAUAGUGCGCGAGAGCAUUGUGACACGAUCCCUAGCAAAUGUUCAGCGCAGGGUAAUGUCGCCCAUUGCCUUGUGCCGCACUCAUGCCAAGCAGAGACAGGCCCAGCUGAAGAAGCUGCGUGAUAUGACUGCUAGUGGCCUGGGUGUGCUCAUUGACGAGGCUUUAAGUUUCGGGGCUGACGAAGAUCUGAAAACUGCUUCCAAUGACGCCAAUAUUGAAUGGAAGGGCUUCGUCGAGCGGAGUGUUGCGUUGAUGGAUCUGAUCGUCAGGGAGGUGCUGACCCUGGAAACGGGCGUUAGUGACUUUGAACACCGGGUGUUCCGUGGUGUCGAGGAUGACCCUGAGUUGUCCAUACAUGCAGAGGAUGUGGCCGGAGCGCAGAAGCCCGCGAUCCUUGCCCAGAGACUGAUGAGCAUUCUGCAGAGCAGCCUGCCCAAUCAUGUUGCCGCUACGAAUGAACUGGUCAAAGAGCACGGACGUCCGCCCCGAUUGGUGCGAUACUGGCUCCCGGCCACGGUGCUUCUCCUAUCCUCGUCCACGAUACUCAAGGUGCUUGUCAAUCGACAGGAGGAUGUGCUGCAGUGGAUCGCGGACCUUGGAGCAACAAUGCGAGACUUCUGGUUCAACUGGGUAAUUGAACCCACGCGCAAGGUUGUCGGCACCAUCAGGCACGACAGCAACAGCGAGAUCGCCAUUAUGAGCCGCGACAGCCUUAGAGCCGACCGAGACAGCCUUGAGCGAAUGGUGGUAGAGUUUGCACUAGAAAGACCCGAGCUGGCCGGCGCCACUUCGGCCCUCAACGAAUCCCAGGUUUCCGACUUGCGGGCCAAGAUCCGUGAGGGCGAUGUAACACCAGUGCUCAAAGCCUACGAGAGUGAACUGAAGCGGCCAUUCGUGGGCGCCAUUCGUGGAGACCUCCUUCGCUCCCUGCUCAUACAAGUUCAAAAGACCAAAGUUGACUUGGAGACAGCAAUCAGCGGGAUCGACGCGCUUCUCAAAAGCCAAGAGCUGGUCUUUGGGUUCGUCGGGCUUACUCCAGGGAUUCUGGUUACCUACUUUGGAUUCCAAUACCUCCGCACACUCCUGAGCGGAAGGAAGGGUACUCGACGCGGCGAGCGUGCGGUUCGAGCAGUGAGGGUACUGCGUAACAUUGACCGUAUCUUUUCCGAUGCCAUGUCCAGCCCGUCACAAGACAACCUGCUUCCAUACAAGGACUACGGCUUGCUUGUCUGUGAGGUUCACGUCCUGCGAAAGCUAGUGAAUGGCGUUCUGCCUGCCGAUGUGGAGAGGGAAUUCCUGGAAGAUCUUGAGGACGUGGUGAAUGUCAAAGGUAUCACUGCACAAAUGCGGGCCUUUGAUCGGAUUCGCUGGGCCUACAGGAGAUGGCUGUGAUCUUGGGUUUCCAGAGACACGGUAUGCUUUGUCAGUCAGGUAUAAUUACAAAAGGAGCUUAUUUGGGCGAAUGAUUUGAUAUUGCCAGGGAAAGCGCGGCGUCUAGCAUAUACGGGUCUUAUAAUAGUCAAUAGGCGGCCCAAAGAAAAAGAAAGAAAAAUACAUGAAUGUUUGGUCGCGAUAAAUGUGAGGAAACCAAAGGAAAAAGAAGAAGGAAAACUCUCUGGCAAUCUUGUUGCACAGGAUACAGGUCGAGUUCACCCGAAUGUACCUAGGUAGUUUAGCUAGCAGCUUAACGUCUAACUCAGGUAACUUUGCUUGGUCACAUACUGCAUGCAGUAGGUGAUGUCGUGGGGCCAAAUUCCAGUUAUUUUCUACUUCCUACUACAAGAGAG